CAAGCACUUCUCCGUUGAGGGUCAGCUCGAGUUCAAGGCCAUCUUGUUCAUUCCCAAGCGUGCCCCCUUCGACUUGUUCGAGUCCAAGAAGAAGCGCAACAACAUCAAGUUGUACGUUCGUCGCGUGUUCAUCAUGGACGACUGUGAGGACUUGAUCCCCGAGUACCUCAACUUCGUGAAGGGUAUCGUCGACUCGGAGGAUCUUCCUCUUAACAUCUCGCGUGAGACGUUGCAGCAGAACAAGAUUCUGAAGGUCAUCCGGAAGAACAUCGUGAAGAAAUGUAUGGACCUGCUUAGCGAGAUCGCCGAGGACAAGGACAACUUCAACAAGUUCUACGAGGCCUUCGGCAAGAACCUGAAGCUUGGUAUCCACGAGGACGCGCAGAACCG